AUGUACUUGCUUCACCCCAACAGAGUUUACAAGAUGGCGGAUUGUUGGUCAAAUUUGAAUCCUCCGUUAAGCGAGUCAACUUUGAAUGUUUUAGAUGAGAUUGGCUUCAAGACAAUGACGCCAAUACAAGUAAGAAAUGCCUACAAAUCAAUCUGCAAGGAGGGGUGGAUCUAAGCCUCAUCUGCAAGGAGGGGUGCAGGUUUUCCAUGGGGUGGUGCAUGAGGCCUGAUGAGGGAACCUUUAUACUGCCCACUCUCCUCUGCAGUCUGCAACGCUACUAUCCCAACAUUACCAUUAUUUGAGAUGGUCGAAUCUGCAUGUUCGCCGUUCUGUUACGUGAAAGCCACUAUCUUUUGUUUAUAAAGUUUAUAUCCGCUUUUUUAUCCCCUUUUUAUCAUAUGCGUGACUGGACAGUUGCUGUAGGCGUAGCAGUGGGUUUGUUAAAGUACAUUAUAUUGAAAAUGUGGCUGUAUAUUUAAACAGCCUGGACAUGUUUACAUAUUUAAUAUGUUUACAUAUUUAAGUCCGUAUUCCAUAAUGUAAACAAACGCUUUGUUUACAUUUUGAACUCAGUGCUACAUUUCUAAAAUAUAAUUAUAUAUAUAUAUAUAUAUAUAUAUAUAUAUAUAUAUAUAUAUAUAUAUAUAUAUAUAUAUAUAUAUAUAUAUAUAUAUAUAUAUAUUAUACUGAAUUUUUAACACUCUUCUGGUUUUCGCUAUGCUUGUAAAUGAAUACAGACUAGAGAUUCAAUACAAGAAAGUUCGGAAGGUCCGAAAUAUUAAUAACAUUCCGGGAAAUGUUCGGGUCCCGACCAUUGGAAUGUAGGCCUGCACCAGGCUUCGAAUUUCCCUGAAAUCAAUUGACGGCAUUGGCGUUAAAAAUUGCCGUAGAACAUAACAGCUGUCUACGGCAAUUUUGGCAGUUUCCACGGCAUUUUUUCAAAUUAAUAAAAAAAUUUAUUUUAUUGUUACUUUGGAUUGCUGACAAGCUAGAAACAUGUUUACGUAUUUUUUUAGUGUUUUUUUUCGAAGAAAACUGAGACUAAAAUAGUAGUUUACGCAUGAUUUGAUCAACAUCUGAAUUCAAGUAUCAAAAUAGUAAUGCACAGUGAAUAGUAUAAAAGUUAUACUAUAUGGCAAAAAAUUGUGGUCAAUGUCGCAAUGAUCCACUGCAUUUUGUUCUCCUUCUACAGCAAUUGCCGCGAUAAAAUUCAAGCCCUGGCCUCGCCUGCACAGAACGUAUGCACAGAACAGACUUUGCAGCAUCUUUAACAAAGCAUUCUGAAUAUUUUCUUGUGAGCUCGCAAAUCAAUUAAAUCAUGCUAACAGUAGAUUAAACUCCGCCUAUAUAUUUUGUACUUUCUUUUACAUUUAAGAGCGUCGCAAUUCCAUUGUUUUUGACCAACAAAGACGUUGCUGCCGAGGCGGUGAGUAUUUCAUUUGUAUACACUGAGAUAAGACUAAAUUGAUGCAUUUACAGAAAUACAUUUUUAAGAAAAAAUUGAAACAAAAAUUCCUUCAUGUUUCUUCUAGGAGAAUAUUUCCGUAAAUUAGGUAAAUAGAUAAACUUGGCUAAUGUUUGUUUAUACCCAAUUCACAAAUUUAGAUAACUUGUAUGCUUAUAAGUAUUAUUGUUCUACAUAAGAAUAGAACAAAGGUCAGGCAGGCACGGAUUUUCUGGGGGGGUGCGCACCCCCCCCAAAAUGAUUUGCACCCCCCCCCCAAAGGCAUUUGGCACCCUCGCAAAAUUACAUCUAUUUUGAUUUGAUAGUUUCAUAUUUGAUUAUUCUUACUACUAAAUUUGUAAAAUUACCAAUAUUAUGGUCUCAGAUCUCGCCAUGCAGGCCUAGAAAACAAAUUUUGUUAAACUUUUUCCUUGGCCUUUCUGGGCGUUGCCACCACACCCCGGCCAAAGCAAGCAGCAGCACCAGAUAUUUAUCCACCCCCCGAACGAAAAUAUGAAAAUCUGUCUCUGAGGUCAGGCCUUAAAAUAUCGAUCGGUCGGUCACGGACAUUGUCCGACCCAUUCGUGAACUUGUCCGACGUAGAGAGGAAACCACUGGAUAUUCUGUCCGACCUAAGUGAAAGUGAGGUUUAGUGUUUGUCCGACCUGAGUGUAUUUGUGUCCGAUCGAACUGUGACUUUGUCCAACGUAAAUCAAAAUGUACCCUAGCCCAGGAAUAGAGGCUUGUAUGUUAAUUGUAUAAAAGGUGAACUGGAAAUGUUAUUUUAACAUAGUCGAGCGCGGGGCGGCGAGCGAAAUGGUGAAGUGGAAAACGGGCUAAGUUGUCGAAGUCUUUUUUAAUACUGCUGUUCUGGAAAGCAAGUUAAUUUUGGCUUGGAAAUAAGUAUGAAAGAAACAAAUUAUUUACUGUUAAUAUCUUCACAAUAUUUACUGUUCAGAAUUAAUACAUUGUGCUGAUAUUCGUGUCAUUCAGACUUAUUUCCGAGUCAAAACUGAACUGAAGGUCAUCAGACAUAUGUCCGACCCAAACUCAACGUCAUCGGACAUUUUGUCAGACGGCCCUGUAAAAGAUAUUUUAAGGCCUUAAGGUAACUAAGCAUUAGAAUUAUCCACAUGAAUGAAUAUCUCUUAGUUUCCAUAUGGUCGUAACUGUCGCAAACAUGUUGUAAUUGUCGUCAGAGUAGUUUUCGCGACCAAAUGGAAACAGGAUGAAAAGGUUUGUCGCGACACGCUGGCAAAAUUAGGAUACUGUUCCUUCAUCUAUAUGAUCAACCUUAAUUAUAUUGAAAAAGUAAAUGUUGGGAUCCUAGGUAGCAGCGCUACCUGCAAGCAGGGCUGCCCAGAGGUUGGCGGGGGCCCGGGACAAAUUUUUUUUAGGGGCCCCUAUCUAAAAAAAUUUUCCCGGAAAAAUUUUUUUCCGGACAACAACCUCCCCCCGUCGCCAAACCCACCCCCCGUCGCCAAAAAAUUUUUGGUCAGUGUACCAUUUUAGGGGUAAAAAAAUUUUUCCAGAGUAGAAAAUUUUUCCGGACGAGUACAUUGCAAUUGCUUUCGAGGGACUUUACCUCAUUUCUUUAUGCCAAAAUUCGGUACUUAGCCCAAGAAAACAGAUAUCUUGUCCUUUGCGUGGAAAUAUUUAACACACAAAAAAGGCUGGGGCCCAACAAAAAUUUUUCAGGGGCCCCCAGCAACUCGGGGGCCGGGGCAAUUUGCCCCCUUUGCCCCCCCUCUGGGCGGCCCUGCCUCCAAGUGCCUGAAGCUAACUGCAAUCCUUGGUCAGAAGGUCUUAUACCGACCUGAUUUAAUAAGAAUCGUACCCAAGACGUGAAUUCAUCAAAUGAUGCCAUCAAAAACUUACGAAAAUUUCCUGUUCUGUGGCCGAGUCUUAUUCGUCAACUGACAAGAUUGUCGGCUUGAUUAUUAUACAAAAAUUUUCCAGCAAUUGGGUUUGAGAAAAUUAGUGGACACUUAAUUUUGACAAUAUGAAACAUAACUCAAAAAAUUUCUUCUGUGCCCGGUCCCAUGUGAAAUGUCGCAAUUUGCAAGCUUCAAGCGAAGCUAGCAAGUUUGGACUACGUAGGGCUAACUGAAAUUGUUUUUCGGCUACCUGCAAAACAAUUAAAUAUAUAGGCAUGUCACUGAAUUCAGUAAUAAUACCAUACAAUAAUAUUUAAGUAAUAUCGGCAGUAAGAAUGCUUCUGUAAACUACCUAAUGCCAGACGAUUUUACUCAAUGGGUUAAAUAGUUUAUGUAAUUUUUUUAGGUGACUGGUUCUGGCAAAACUUUGGCAUUUGUUAUUCCUAUUAUUGAAAUACUUAUCAAACAGCACAAGUAGGUUUAAUCGAUUGUUAUUACUUUAUUACUUUGAUAAAACUAAAACAGAGCCCUUUUAUAGACCCGUUUACACUCGCAAUUUUUGCUUCGAUUACAAAACGAACAUGGCACAUUCUUCAUUAGAGCUUUGGUAAUAUAAGAAGGCCAGUUUGCACCCAGGAAAACCCUCCGCAGGAUAGGAACUGAGGAACGGAAGGAAAAUUACAGUAGCUAAAGUUGUUAGUUCCAACGCUGUCCGCUCCUAUGGAAAAUUUUCCUGAGUGGAAAUUAGCCAUAGAAAUAUUAGACCUAAUAUUUCUAUGAAAUUAUUUAUAAUAUAUUUCUAUGAAAUUAGCCCACAAUGAAGCUUAACAAGACGAACACAGGGACACACAGAUUUCUAGUGCGAUUUUCUCCUUCUGAUGGAUGUGAACGAGUAGAUGAGUUAUGAAUGUUCGGAGUACAUCAGACCCUCGUGCGAACAUUCAUAACUUAUUCACUCGUUCCCAUCCAUCAGAAGGAGAAAAUCGCACCUAAAAUCACAGCAAAAAUUGCAAGUGUGAAGGUCCAGACACACCGGACGCGAUUCGACGACGCGAUUUUGAACCACUUGAGCAAUUUUAGCUAUUUGGUCUGCAUAUCUUGUAAAAUUUUAUCCGUUGACGGUUUUAUGUACUAUUUAAAAAACGAGCAGGAGUGUUUUAUUAGGUUUAAAGCCACGAGCGCGCAGCGCGAGUGGCUUUAGACCUAAUAAAACACGACCCGCGAGUUUUUUAAAUGACUUCAAAACCUCAUUAAUUAUUCAUGAAGCAAUUAUCCAAUCUUGAGUAAGAAAUUAGUCAUGUGCAUACGUCUUUAUACCAGCUAAAGAACACUUUAACAAAAGACCAUUGUUAUGCAAACUAUAUAAAGGUUUUUAUAUAAAGAUUUUUAUAUAAAGAUAUUUUUAUAUAAAGAUUUGACUUAUUAUGCAUACGUUUUUGAAGUCAUUUAAAAAACUCGCGGGUCGUGUUUUAUUAGGUCUAAAGCCACUCGCGCUGCGCGCUCGUGGCUUUAAACCUAAUAAAACAUUCCCGCUCGUUUUUUAAAUAGUACUCAAAAACGUAUGCAUAAUAAGUCAAAUCUUUAUAUAAAAAUCUUUAUAUAAAAAUCUUUAUAUAGUUUGCAUAACAAUGGUCCUUUGUUAAAGAGUUCUUUAGCUGGUGUAAAGACGUAUGCACGUGACUAAUUUCUUACUCAAGAUUGGAUAAUUGCUUCAUGAAUUAUUAAUGAGUUUUUGAAUUGUUUUUGAAAACUGAAAAUUCGCGUUGCGUUGCCGAAUCGCGUCCGGUCUGUGUGGGCCUUAACACUUGUAAACACUGCCCUUUUGUAACGAUAUUUUGAAAUCUAUUUUUAUAUUACAGAGAGAGAAAGUGGAAAAUCCAUGAUGUUCUUGCGAUUAUUGUCACGCCGACGAGAGAGCUCGCUAUUCAGAUUGACGAGGUUUUACAACAGUUUACAAAACAUCUUUCUUUCUUAAA